AUGAAUGUGAAGAUUUUCGGACCUCCGUCCAUCCUAAAUAAAACAUUAUCCAGUCAAUUGCAUGUCCCUGGUGCGCGAUACUUGUCAACAACCUUGUUCAGGGCAUUAGAAGCUCAAGGUUGGUCAGUACCGCCCAAAAGCCCACCUCAAGCUAAUGUGCAUUGCCUUGGAAUUAUAGAUCUCCAAAGUAGCCAAAAUACCGAAUCGAAGCAAGAGGAAGCCAAUCAAAUUUCAGAGAACUCCUCGAACCAAGAUAACAACCGUCACACGCUUCCACUCAAGGCCAAAACUGUCUCCCAAGCCGACGCUGAGCUUCGCGAGCGACUCGAACAAUUGUCUGGAGCAGGAGGAGCCUGUGGAAUUGAGUACGAAGACGGCAAACCGAAUGCAAUGAAGCGCGGCGUGCGAAACAACAUGUUCCGAUUAAUUUGA